GGCCUUUCUCUCUCAUAAUCCUGAAUGGAAUCUUACUAGGGUUUUUGCAUAUUGAUCGUCGGAUAUAGCUGAUCGCAUAUCGUGCGGAUAACACCACCACUGCCGCCGGCCCUGCCAUUAGGUGCUGGCCAGUUACUGUUGCGUGCUGGACGGAGGCGGCCUAGGCGGGGUCGCUUCGGAUAGUCGCAAUACUCGGUGGGUUGAGCAUCAUUUAUUGGCUUAAGACAGAGCAUCCCUUGUCAUUAGGCUAGCGGACCACCAAUGCUAUAUUCGUUCAGGAAGCCUACAGUCGUGUUAAGAACAUUGAACCAGCAUCAGAUCCGUCCAGCAAGUUCUCUGGUCUUCCACUGACACAUAAAAUGACAGAUUCAAACUUCAAACCCCGCAAUAUCCUCCUUAUCGGCGCAACGGGGACAAUCGGCCGUUUCAUCACAUCAUCAAUCGUCGCUGCACGAUCCGAAUUCGAUCGCAUUGCUAUCCUCACCAAUACCCCGACAGCUGUAAGCGAAAAGGAGAAAUUUGUGGAAGAACUUAAGGCCAAGAAUGUCGAAAUAAUAAUCGGCGACAUUACUAAUGAGAAAGAUGUCGUCGAGGCAUACAAAGGAAUUGAUACCGUGGUCGUUGCCCUUGGCCGCGGUGCCAUUCUUCCCCAGAUCCUAUUGAUCAAGCUCGCUGCAGCAUCCAGCUCCGUUAAAUGGUAUUUUCCUUCGGAAUAUGGGACCGAUAUCAAGUAUAGUCCAGCCUCAGCCACGGAGAAGCCACAUCAAGGCAAACUCAAAGUGCGAGACUAUCUUGAAAACGACAAAGAAAUUCAGAAGAGCGGACUGAAAUACACAUAUGUUGUGACGGGUCCAUAUGCUGAUGGGUAUUUGCAAGCGAUACCGAAUUCCAUUGAAGCAGGCGGGUGGGACGUCAAGUCAAAGACUUCUUGGCUGGUGGAGAAGAACAACAAAGUCAGUUUGACAACCAUGAAAGAUACCGGUGAUCUAGUUCUCGCUGCCUUGCGUCAUCCAGAAGCUUCAUUUAACAGAGCUCUUAAAGUGAAUUCCUUCACCACCACUCCUGCAGAGGUCCAAAGGGAAUUUGAGAAACAAGCUGGCGGUUCUUGGACGGUGCACGAGAUAUCUUUAGAUCAGAUUCGUAAGGCCGAAGAAGCAGCCUGGGCGAGUCGUCCCGAUGCAACAGGGCUUACACUUCGCCGUAUAUGGGCAGAGGGUGGCACGCUUUACGAGAAACGUGAUAAUGGCCUAAUCGGAGAACCCCAAGUUCAAUCUCUAGCGGAGAUUGUAUCGGAGAAUAUCAAGAGAUCAGCAUGAGCUAUAGGAAAUAUAUAACUGAUUCAAAUUACUUAUAUAUACUGAAGGCUGAUUUAGUGUGCCCCAGUAUCUACACUUAAAUGACAAUAGUUUGAAUAUAGCAUAGCCAUUUUCUGCCUUUUAUCUAGAUUUACACCA